AUGGCGCUUGCCAUAGUCAGCGGCAUUGAUGCGCUUCCCACUGGCCUGAGUAUCAGAGGUCUCGAAUCCGCUGAUUCUUCGUUCUCUGGAGCCUUCACGCUUGAACGAAGAGUUGGAUCUAACAACGGACCAGGUGACAGCGAUGAGCAACCAGGUCUAGCGGAUCCCGGCUCGGGCGGCGACGAUUCAGGCACUGGCUCGGGCCCGGGCCCUGGCAAUGGUGGAAAACAGCCUAAAAAGUCCAAAGGCCAAAGACCCCGUGACGGACUCACAGCGCGAAGCUUGGGCGCUUUGUCCGGCGGCGCUCCUCCAGGCUUUCCCCUUGUGACUGCCAAGCCCCACGACGAGGCGCAGGGCGGGAAAAAGAGCGACAGCUAUGGACGCCGUGCUGAACUUGAAGACCUUGAGUCCAGCGACUUCUCAGCUCGUAAUGCUGUUGUUAUUGAAAGCAGGAUCGCUUCCAGCGGUGGUCCAGGCGAUGACACCGGCGAUGACAGCGGCAGUGACACAGGUUCAAGCGGUGGCAGCUCUGGACGCAGCUCAGACGGCACUGGCGCAGGCCCUCCCAACGGUGGGAAACAUCCUGGAAAGGUCAAGACCCACAAGCCUCGAGGCGAGCUCGCACCAAGAGACUUGGGCAUCUCGUCCGGUGGUGCUCCUCCAGGCUUUCCGUCCGUGAUUGCAAAGCCUCACAACGAGGUGAAGGGCGGAAAAAAGGGCGACAGCUACGGACGUCGUAGUGAGGUCGAAGCCCGAGGUGAUCUCCCUGCCGAUCUUCCUUACCCAUUCCCACCCAUCAAGAAGACUCCUCAUGUAGGUAACGAUGACCCAAAGAACAAGUCAAAGGGCGGAAGCAAUCGUGGUCAUGUCGUUGGGUCAUGA